UCUUCAGAGAGACUUUCACACUUCAGAUAUUCAGUCAGCCUCCUUCAGAUGAGAGAAGAGGAGUGAACUAAAAUCCCAACCAGCAGUCAUCAUGAAAACCUCCACAUGGGAUUUCAUGCUCAUCCACUGUGUCCUGCUUGGCAUUUUAGUUGACUCCUCCUCCCCGUCCUCCAUCUCCAACUUCCUCUCCGUCUCCUCUAAGGUGGGGAACCAGGCCAUCCUUCCCUGCAGCUGGAAGCAACAUCUGGGCGACUUGGCUCCGUCCUCCUGCCACAUCCAGUGGGCCACGCCGGCCGACACGGUGUUCGAGCUGCGUGGGGAGAGCCGGUGGGAGGCGGAGGAGUUCGAGGGCCGGGUGGAGGUUCCCAUGGAGAAGCUGGGGUCCGGGGACUGUUCUCUGGUCAUCAACGACGUUCAGAUCGGAGACACGGGGAGAUACGAGAGCUUCAUGGUGGUGGACGGGGUGAGGUCCACCAAGACCAAGGUCUUCAUCCAGAGCGUCAGGCUGUCCGUGCACGACCACAAAUCCCUCCAGUCUGGAGUUCCAGGUGAGGACUUAGUCCUGGAUCUCUACACCCGCCACUCCGUGAGAGUCGUCUUCCAGGGCCGGAACACCUCGGAGUGGUCGGACGUGUGGAUGAGGAGCGAUGCAGACAGUGAGCGUGUGGAGAAACAUCCGCACGAUGAGACGCUGACGUUAAAGAAGCUGAAGAGCUCCGACGAAGGAACGUACAAAGUCCUGGAUCAACACGGCCUCGCUGUCAGCACCAUGCUGCUCACCGUGGAAGACAACUCCACAGCUCUCAAACUUCAGCAGAUUCCGGAAAAACAAGCGCCGACAGAUGACGCUGCCAAAAACAGCUGUUCAGCUCUCCUCCUCUUCUCUGUGCUUGUCACGAGUUUCCAAGUUAUUCAUCUCCUCUGAUCAAAUUCUCUGUGCAAUGUAAGUGCAGUCACGUACAUAUAAAUAACUCCAUGAUACAGUAUACAGUAGAUUGUUGCCGUGUUUUUCUGAACAUUAGCCUGUAACAUGUAUAUUUCUACUUAGCCAGAGUGACGUUCUGAGAAUGUGAAAAUGUGAUUUAAAUGAUGAAAAGUUUGUUUUUUAGACACACUUACGUCUACUAUUCACUGAAUUUAAAAAAGAUUUGUUUUGAAAGAAAAGUUCUUGAGAUGAGACCAUUAAAACCACUAAAAUACCAGUUAGAUAUAAUAGUCAGUUAGAUAUGAAGCUGGAGUUAUGAUAAUGUAAGGAUAUGUAUGUAUGUACAUACAUACAUACGUACAUACAUACAUGCAUACAUACAUACACAUGCACGCACAUACGUACUUAUCUACUAGAUUAACAUCAUUUCAAUAAAAAUGUAUUUGAUUAUCUUUGAAUGUAACGUGAUGAUGUAACUCUUUUUGUGAAUUCUUUAUUUUGAUGUGACUAUUUAUUUAAAAAAUAAAAUCAUUGGAUUUUUUCUCCAACUGCAGUCUAAUAAAUAAAUAAAAAUGAAACAAGCAAACACAA